AUGGCGGCAGAAGAUGUGGUGACUGUUGAUUGGCUGGAUAAAAACAAAGACCGUGUCGUAAUAUUGGAUGCAACCUAUGAAAUGAAAGGCAAACCCGAUUAUAAAGAAUUCAAAGAAAAGUAUUAUGGGCAGUUUGAGGACUUGAUGAAUAUUAAG